GUAAACGUCAGCGCUGUCAUUUGGUACACGUUCUAGUUGUCUAUCACUGUUCCUAAUUUUUCGCAACUAACCGGUGUUUAGAAAAUUAUAUACUAACCAUGAGUUAUUCUUCAUGGAUUAGCAAGUUCCACACGUGUGUAUUUGUUGUCUUUUCAUUUGUAAUAUGUGCGCAGUCCGAUGUACCGAGACCUCGCGGGGUAUCUUUAUCUAAAGCGUCCCUGUACCCACCGGACAAAGAUUUCACCUGUUUUGAUGGAACUAUUACAAUACCUUUUAGUUAUGUAAACGAUGAUUACUGCGACUGUUUCGACGGGAGCGAUGAGCCGGGUACAUCGGCCUGUCUGAAUGGUGUUUUCCAUUGUGCUAAUGCAGGGCAUCGACCGCAGAAUAUUCCGAGUUCGCGGGUCAACGACGGUGUUUGUGAUUGCUGCGAUGGCACCGACGAGUAUACCACCCCAGAUGCGUGCCGCAACAUAUGCGAAGAGCUCGGCCGAGAAGCCAGGGCAGAAGCUCAGAGGCUGGCAGAACUACAUAAGGCAGGUAGCCAGGUGAGAAUAGAACUUAUUGAGAAAGGAAACAGAAAACGGAGCGACAUGGCUGAACAGCUUGCCCAACUAGAAAAAGAUAAAGCUGAUGCUGAGAAAAUCAAGGCUGAAAAGGAAUCCCUAAAAAGUGAGUUGGAGGCAAAAGAAAAUGAAGCACUUAAAGUGUACCGUGAAGCAGAAGAGGAAGAGAGACAAAAGAAAGCAGAAGAGGAAAGACAAACCCAUAUGAAAGAAGCAACAGAACAUUUUGAAAGAUUUGACUCAAAUAAUGAUGGAGUACUUACCAAAGAUGAGAUUCAGGUUGUAAAUGUGUUUGACAAAGAUAAGGAUGGACAAGUAGAUGAAGAAGAGUUCAAAUAUUUCCUCAAUGAUCAUGAAAGUGUUGAUAAGGAGACCUUCAUUACCACUACCUGGCCAUUGUUGAAGCCUUUGAUGAUGAUGGAACAAGGCAUGUUCAAACCAGCUGAAGAUCCAGCUGAAGACCAUGAACUUGAACAUGAUCCUGAAGAAGAAAUAGAUGAUGUAGGUAAAGAAAUUGAUGAAGAGUUAGACACUGAUGAUGAACAUGGUGAUACUGAACUUCCUAGUGAUGACAUUGAAGACCAUGAUGAACCUCAGCAGGCUCAAACUUAUGAUGAUGAGACACAGAAGUUAGUUGAGGAAGCCUCAGAGGCCCGUCGCCAGUUGACAGAUGCCGAACGUACAGUUAGAGAAAUUGAAUCUAAUAUCAGAAAUAUUAAAGAAAACUUAGAAAAAGACUAUGGUCUAAACCAAGAGUUUGCCACACUUGAUGGUGAAUGCUUUGAGUAUGAAGAUAAGGAAUAUGUUUACAAGAUUUGUUUGUUCCAAAAAGUUACUCAGAAAUCAAAGAAUGGUGGGUCAGAAAUUGGGCUUGGUAACUGGGGAGAAUGGGCAGGUGAUGAAAAUAACAAAUACUCGGCAAUGAAAUACACAAAUGGUGUUAGCUGUUGGAAUGGACCUAGCCGAUCUACCACUGUCCAGAUCCAGUGUGGCCUAGAAACCCAACUUCUGUCUGUCACAGAACCAUUCCGCUGUGAAUAUAGAAUGGAGCUAAGCACUCCAGCUGCUUGUGAUGAUACCCAUACACACCAGCAAUCAUCACAUGAUGAGCUGUGAAAUAGUUCACAGCAUACAUUUCACACCUUCAGGUGAACAGUUAACAUUAAUUAUUGUCUAAGAAACGAAGUGAAUCAGUCAUCAUGUCCAAUCUACGUUGUAUAAUAUGUAUGUGUAUUUUGUCACAACCCUUUUCUGCCGUCAUUGAAUGAAAUGUGUAACUUCAAUGUUAUUUUCCAUAGGAAAAUUAACUUGUAGAGUAAGUAGAGAAUAAUAAUAAUUUUAGAACGUAAUGCAAAUCACAACUUCAAUUGUUUCAGUUUUUCUAAUUUAUUUUGAACUAUUUUAUCUAUAAGUAUGUAUGAAGACUGAAGCAAUAUACCUAACAGCAUUUCAAACAGUAAUUUAUAAUUUCUUACACAUUCCUGAAACACAAGGCUGUUUUAGUACAUGUAAUAGUAAGUCAAAUAAAAAUUGAAGAAGUGAACAAAACAAUGUGAGUGAUCAAUAAAUGUUGUUUUUUAUUGAAUUUAA